AUGUCGACGUCUUUGGACAAGGCUGGCCGCUCCAUCCCUGCGCCCGGAUCUGGUCCUCUUAUUGUUCCCCGCACCAUCCCGACCAAGAGCCCGUUACCCCGCCUCGAUCUCACGUACUGUGCGCGCCAGCUUGCCUUCCGCCGCAAGCAGAUCGGCGAGUGGUUGUCACACGAGCAGGCUCAGCUCAAGGAGGACUUGGAGUUUGCCAAGAGCCAGGGCGACGCGCCCGACGAGGAGUACUUCGCCUCGCGCGUCGCGGACAUGGAGCUUGAGGCCGCUCAGCAGGAGAAGGAUACACUCGCCACGUACGGCAAGCUGGAGGACGACAUCGUUGUUCCGUCGAUUCACGGUACGAGCACUGCCGUGAACGAGAAGAACGAGACGCACUUGUGGCACGAUGUCUUCAACACGAUCGGCCGUACGCCUGGCAACGCAGUCCUCGUCAUGGCGCAGAAGAGCUUGGUGGGUCACUCGAAGGGUGGCUCCGCCGCCUGGCAGGCGAUUGGACUUCUCCAGAGCGUCAUUACCGGUAUCGUGCCGGGCAACCGCAAUGCGGACAACAUCGACGCUCGCUUCCAACACCACACCAACCUUAUGUUCCCGUCGAAGACCAUCCACACCGACGGGAUCCGCGCUGGUGUCAUGUCGUCGUUCGGUUUCGGCCAGGUUGGUGGCAUGGCCAUGGUUGUCCACCCGCGUUACCUCUUCGCCGCUGUUCAGCCUGCGGCCUACACCGCGUACAAGGUCCGCAACGUCGCGCGCUACCAGAAGCCGUACAAGGCGAUGUCGGAAAUGAUGAUCACGAACUCGCUCGUGCGCAUCAAGGAUGGCACACCCUAUUCCGCUGAGCUCAUACGCUCUGUCCUGCUCAACCGUUCUCUUGCGCGCGCCAGCUUCGAUAAGAAGUCCAACAGCUACACGUACGAACUCAUUCGCUCAGGAUCGCCCCAACGUCAAGGCCAUUGA